AUGGCGGACGACAAAGAAGCGGCAGAGGCUUUAAUAGCAGAGCUUCAUAAGAACAUCAGAGAUGCUUUUGCGCUUUUUGAUCAUGAGUCAAACAACACUGUGGAUGUCAGGGAAAUUGGUACAAUUAUUAGAUCUCUGGGCUGUUGCCCAAGUGAAGGAGACCUUCAUGAAAUGUUAGCAGAGGUGGAGGAAGAAGAACCCACAGGGUAUAUACAAUUUGAUAAAUUCCUUCCUAUGAUGACUAGAGUGUUAUUAGAAAGGAAAUACAGACCCCAACCGGAGGAUGUUAUUUUGCGAGCGUUUGAGGUGUUAGAUCAAACUAAAAAAGGAUAUCUUACCCAAGAGGAACUUACAAAGUAUUUGACUGAGGAAGGGGAACCAUUUACACAAGAGGAGAUGGAAGAGAUGCUGUCAGCUGCUGUGGAUCCAGAUAAAAAUGUUAUCCUGUAUAAAGAUUUUGCAGCAAUGAUGACUGUUGAAGACACCUGAACACAUUAUGAAAAAAAUCUUCAGAAAAAUGCGAUGACAAACUGACUCAAAAUUAGCAAGAUUUGUGAUAAAUGGAUACAGUCGAUUUAUUUUAGAAUUGAAAAAUACAGCACAAAAUAUGUCUGAAAUAUUUGAAAAGG